AUGGACACGAAUACGCAUCAUCAUCCACCUGACCUUCCUGAACACUUACCUAUUGAUAUGGCUUACGCGCCUAAUCAAAAGCCUUUCUCAAAACGACCACCCACACAUGCUCAACCAACAAACGACCCACAUGAACAUCAAAAUCGACUGGCUCAACACAGUUUAUCGCCUGAAAAAUUAGGUGUGGUGGGUUAUGUCAAAGAUGUCGCUGGCUUUGUAAAAGAUGUUGUGAAGGAUCGUAAAAGUAAAAGAGGCGUCGUAGGACGUAGAAAUUCUGAAUCUUCUGUUUCCUCAACAGAUAACAAUCUCAUGACGGCGGCAGACGAGCCGAAUACUGCUGCUGUAACGACGACGACGACGACCAGUAGACCCAGACAUAGCUCGGUGGGCGAACAUGAAAUAAGACAAAAUCAACGCUCUUCUUCUCCUUUUGCAGAGGCUAUCACCGGUUUGUUUCCUGGUGUGUCAGCACGUCAUGACACGAAUGAACCGUCAAAAGGCUGUACACACGCAGAUGAACUUCGCAGUCAAGCGAUGCAUAUGAACGAACAAAAUCAAAACAUGGGUCUUGGCCAUACUGGUUUGGUACAUAAAUAA